GACUGUAUCGCUAUUUGCGGGAAGAUGCCAGACAAGGACGAUCUGGAGCGCGAGCACCGUAGCCAGACGAUUGCUGACCGUCGUCGGGCUAGUAGUGCGGUGUACCAUUUUCGUAGCAGCUGCCGUGUGCGUUCUGCGGAGUCCGUUGCUGGCAGUUCAGUUGGAUGCAAGCAGACCAUCGGUGGCGCUACUAAGCGGACCAUCCUUUCCAUCCGGGGUGGGUCGCCAUUGCCUGGGCGCAGUCUGUGGUGAGCUCCCGGGGUCCUUCCCGGACCCGGUGGACCUUCGGGUAGGGUCGAAGUGGCGGUGGUGGCGGUAGUGGUGGGUACGGUGCGUCCAUCAGGGGUAAUGUAGUGUUUGCGUGCGUGUGCGAGUGUGUCGUCGGUGUACGGUGGGCCAUUGACCGGGCUGGUGUUUCCGGGGUGCAGUGUUAGGGCACCGUUCUCGAGUACAACCCACAAACCAAUGAUGCUGUGUGCCGAGGGUGAUGCAAGCCAAACGGAUGGAUAUCAAUGCAGUUGUAGCAUUUCGACAGUGCAUUCGUCCCAGUGCUAGGUCAGUGUGCGUUCCGUGUGUAGGUGUGUGAGGUGUGGUGUGGGCUUUUGGCUAGGAAAACAACCACGCUGCAGAAUAUCACGAGGUGUCAAGUUAUUCUGUAAGGUACUACGAUCAUCCUCGAAAAAGUUCUCGAAAAGAGCUGCCUAGAAUAUCCGGCUCCGGAUAGAUUGGGAAUCGGACGCUGACGUCAUUAUAAGUCAAGACCUCUGUAGAGCCAUCAAAGAGGUUCUCAUUGUUACACAUACAUAAGUCAUAAGUUCAUAUAAUAUGUGGCUGGCAGAGUAUGAUGUAAAUUCAAUUCAAAAUAUAAACAUACAUAAGAUCCUGAGCAUACCUUCAAACUGCCGGAUUUCCACCAAGAUCAUGAUUCGGGGCAGCACUGCAGACUAAAACCACUACACGACCGUGCAGCUCGUUAUCGGCUUCUUUGUUAUCAGACCGUCAGCACAUUAGCAGCUUGCCAAAGCCUGCAUUACAGCGGGAAAACCACGGCAUAGGCCGAUAAUCAGCACCUGAGAGCACACAGAGCCCUCCAGGAGUUUCCCAGAGCAACCAGACACGGCCACACAAACGCACGAUGCCAGGCUUCGCAGAUAUCAAGGACCGGGCGUCCAACGUUUUCGGUGGUGGGUUCGAGAAGUUCGAAAUGCCCAAACAUGGCUACGACCAGAUGGAUGGGGCCGCGGUCGGUGGCGCCUACCAGGCCGAUACUGGCGGCAACGACUCACCGAUGUCGUUCGAGGAGAUUGAGCGACCACCGUUGCGCCACGUCGACAAGUACGUUAGGGCGGAGUGUCCCUGCAUCAAGACGACCCGCUACACGAUCUCGCUGAUGACCUGUCUGGGCUUUAUCAUAUCGUUCGGCAUGCGCUGCAACAUGGGUAUGGCCAAGCUGCAGUUCGAGAACGGGUCGGUGAAAUACAACUGGACCGUCGCGAUGGAAAGUGCAGUCGAUUCGUCAUUCUUCUGGGGCUACCUAGUAACGCAAGUGCCGGGCGGUUUCCUCGCUUCAAUGUUUCCAGCAAACCGCAUCUUCGGUACGGCCAUCGCUAUCUCGGCCUUCCUGAACCUGCUCGUCCCGGGCGCCAUGAUGCUACAUCCAACGGUCGUAAUUCUGGUUCGAGUGCUCCAGGGCCUGGUGGAGGGUGUAACGUAUCCCGCCUGCCACGGUAUCUGGCGCUUCUGGGCCCCUCCGCUCGAGCGCUCCCGGCUAGCGACGAUGGCAUUCAGCGGCUCGUACGCCGGCGUCGUGAUAGGCAUGCCCAUGUCCGGCAUUCUGACCGGCUCGAUCAGCUGGCACGCACCGUUCUACUUUUACGGCGUGAUGGGCCUGAUCUGGUACUGCUUCUGGCUGUGGCUGUCGUUCGAGAAGCCGCGCCAACAUCCAACCAUCUCCGUGAAGGAGCUAAAGUACAUCGAAAAGUCGCUCGGCGAGUCGGUGCAGCUGCCGAUGCCGACCAUCGCGACGACCCCGUGGCGUCACUUCCUCACCUCGAUGCCCGUGUACGCGAUCAUCGUGGCAAACUUUUGCCGAUCGUGGAACUUCUACCUGUUGGUGCUGUACCAGAGUGCCUAUCUGAAGCACUCGUUCGACUUCCGGAUUGAAGAGACUGGUAUACUUGGAGCACUGCCACAUCUGCUGAUGACGAUCAUCGUACCCUUCGGAGGCAUGCUGGCGGAUCACAUCCGAAAGUCGGGACUGCUGUCGACUACCAACGUGCGCAAGCUGUUCAACUGCGGUGGAUUCGGGUUGGAGGGUCUCUUUUUCCUGGUCGUAGCACAUGCCACUAGUUCUAUGGGUGCAGUGACGGCGCUAACGCUCGGUGUUGCCUUCAGCGGGUUCGCCAUAUCCGGUUACAACGUCAAUCAUCUGGACAUUGCGCCACGCUACGCCAGUAUUCUGAUGGGCAUGUCCAACGGCAUAGGCACGAUAGCGGGCCUGAUCUGUCCAAUCGCGAUAGACCACCUGACACGGGGGCAGCCCAAAUCAUGUUGGUCUACAGUGUUCACGAUAGCGGCGACGGUCCACUUGGUGGGCAUCACGUUUUACGGCAUUUUCGCAUCGGGCGAACUGCAACCGUGGGCUGAACCGACCGUCGAAGAGCAACGAGCCUGGGAUCCGGUUGGUUCGGGGUACGAGAAGGAAACCACCUUCAACGAGGCCGGGGACGGUGGAGCAGCUUCCCCGUCGGGGGGAAUGAUGGACCCGUCGGCACAGAUCAACGCCACCAAGACGGUGUCGUACGGUGCGGUCCAGCAGCACGUCGCCAACAAUCCGUUCGCCUAUCCGACUGCGAUCAGUGAGGAAACGGUACAGCCGGAAGCGAGGGACACCUACUUACACGGCAACCCGACCGAGCGUACGUAUUGACCUGUGCGCGCUAAGAAAACCGUAACAUUUAGUAUGAACUAGAGAGGGCAUGCAGCGAAACUAUGUUUAAAAGCUGUGUUGUUUUUGUUUGUUCCGUGCAUUUGUUUGGCAGAAAAGUGCAAUAGUAAUCGUAUAUUGUAACAAUGUUCAGCUCGAUGGAAGAGGGUGGACAGGCGACACGCGAGCCAUGAGCAAACUGAAAUACAAACAAGUAAAAUUAACCCUGCUUAAGCAAUUACAACACUAGAUAGUAAUUAACAAAUACCAAAACAAAAACAUACACAAACAAGUAGCAAAGAGGCACAUUGUAUUUACAACGUCGAAGGGUGUACAUACACUAACAGAAGAAAAAAAAAACACUGACAUAAGUAUUUAAAAGAUAUAUGCGUACAUGCCAUAAUAAUAUAAUAUACAUAUACUGUAAUUAAUAACUACUGCCGCAAAGGACUAACUAACGAUGCAACCAGAGGAUUACAACUGUUAAGACAACGCACUGAGUAAGAGAAGCAGGAGAGUGGAAGAGUGGAAGAGUUUAAGUCAUCACUUAUUGGGAUGGUCUGUAUCUGUAAAUCUGAGAUGAAAUGAUUAAACAAGCCUAAUCGCUAAUCUACCCAGCACAGUACGUUGGCCUCUACCCAAUUGGGCGCACAGUACAUUGGGUGGAAGAGUAUGUUAACCACUUUUAAAAUCAACAAAAAACUGUCAAUUGCUAACGAGUGUCUCGAACACCCAGUUCAGUGGACGUACAGUACCCGACGAACCAAAUUCUCAAGCAAAAUGGAAGGAUAGUUCAAAGGUGAACGUACUCCGCUAAUGAGUUUUCCAGCAUUCCUCAACUAAUUGCACAUGUUUGGCGCUCUGUGCGUGUGCGCGGAUGAGCGUUGUAAUUACAUAAUUUCCUGAUUUUAGUUCCAGCUAGGUAAGGAGGAGCGGAGUUAAAUUUGAGGUGUCAACUCACUCUCAAAGGCUGUGGCGACAAUAAUAAAACGGAAGGGCGGGCUGAAUAAAAAAAAAAAAACAAAACCGGCUUCGACACCCAACCGAAACGUAGGUUAAGAGAUGAUGCUUAGCUGAGCGCUAAGUACAGUGAGUUUAGUUUACGUUAAUUGUAUAUUUUUAGCCAGUGUAUGUAUGUGUGCAAUGGAAAGGGGAAGCUGCAAUAAGCGCAUAAGCUUGGCUUAUGUAAGAAUUGUACAUUGGGUUUUGAUUUUUAAGCGUAUAAGCUUCAAUACGUUCGAUGCUGAGGCCUGGGGCGGUAGAUGGCACACUGCACCGUACUGCGAAUGUGACAAAGAAACAAUAAUAAACAACGCUAGCUGGUAAGGUUCGUUCAUAAGGACAUAAAACAGGAGGAGGGGCAGAAAAGAAACAAACAAAUCUAGUACUAUAAAUCGUUCAGUGAUAUAGUGUAUUAAACAGCUCAUCAACAAAAGUUUAAAUCGUUGCAAAUACGAAGUGAAACCAAAACUAGUAGACGACGAGGGCACGGUGAGAGCUUCGGUCAAAGCAGAAGCACACACACCGAUCGCGGGCAAACGAACGACAGUGCACUUAACUAAUCUGGCAAAAUCAAAGUUUGAGACAGUGGGGAAUUGGAAUUCGAAAAAAACACAACACAACUUGUCUCACAUUGCGAUCAUUUGCCACGAUCGCGGUGCAGACUGCGUGGCUUAUACUCUACGACGUCGUGCUUAUACGUUUAACCAAUCGCACACCGUUUAACUAGGUAUGCACAUACCUACCAAUGCAGGCGAGGUGGUCAAGGUGGUCAAGAAUCAUCCAUACAAACGGGUAUUAUAAUGCUAACUGGGAAUGGUAAAUAAGUGUUAGCGGUAACACACAGGUAUGAUUUCGAUCGACACACUCAAACACACAUAGGAAAAAGAAGAAGAAGAAACAAAACAAUACCAAAAAGAAACAAAAACACUUUGCACAAAAUGUCUCUUACGGAAACGUGACCCCUAUACGCGAUCAAUUGAAAUUUUAGUGACAGUAGGUAGACCUUAGUUCCUCUUUCCUCGUUCUGUAGAACCCCCCCGCACAGGGGCUCUCGAUCUAUUAACCCUCCUGACACGAUCGAGCUGUAAUCUAUCUCAAAUUCCACCUUCCACCACUACUAUCAUACUAUCAUGGUUUGUUCUUCCAGUGUUAAGAGAGGCAAAGCAAUUAUUGCCACUGUACAUGACCUCAGUUGUUCCUCCCCCUGGGGGCGUGCUAUUUGAUCAUCUAAACGUUGUAAAAUAUGGAGAAAAGAAAAUCAAUCAGUCCCAAAAACAAACAAAAACGAACACGAUCAUGUAGAAACCCUACACGGCGACCAUAACGCAGAGAGGGCUAAACACUUGGCUCCCUUGGUGGAACGGUUGAACGCCACACUUGAACACAAUGUACACAAAAACACGCAAAACAAGUACGCAUAGUUUAUCAGGAUGACAAUCAACAGUUGUUUCAUCCUCCCUUUCUGGUAGUGUAUCCUUCCCUUUGGAGCGUAGCGCGAGUCGGCAGUAGCGUGGAAGAGGACGUCGGGGAGUGCCGGUGCAGAAGACUCGCAGGAGCGCGUUAGUAGGCGCGUCCGUUAAGCUAAGAUUAAAGAGAGAUAUUGAAGUGAGGUGUGUAAAGAGAUAUGCAAAACCAAACUAUUCACUAACACUGUUGAGACUCUAUACAUAUAUAUCUAUUAUGAAUGUACGGUUCCGUUCCGAUCCGUUCUGUUGAUCCGCGUUUCUUUACUGUUUACCAAUCACGGAUGUCGUUCUAGCUGUUGUUGUUAAUUCAAAUAUAUAUAAAUGAAUGUAUCGGGGCCCCCAGGCACUACAAGCCAGCGGGGAUCCAACGUAUUAAAAAAACACGACAGGCAGAUGGAACACGGUUCCGGUCGCAAAAGGGCUGUAACAGCCGCACGGCCAACCCAUUCCUGUACUGCCGGUCGAAAAAUCCAACUGGUAAUCGACACAUUACCGCACAACAAUACAAGAAUAUUACGCAAAACAUCAUCGCAAAACCCAAACCCGAGCUGCCCGCGUGGCGUGGCUCGGUUAGUUGUAAUUUCGUUGUUUCCGGAGUAGCAGCAUAGCAGCCUGUAGUGUAGCAGUAGCGUAUUAAUAUUAUACUAAUGGUCGGCCGGUAUCCUUUGCUAAACAGCGAGGAACGGGCCAGCCUAGCUGUAAACGUUGAAUAGUAAAUAUCUUGCGAGGCUUGCUAGAAAAGCCAAAAACACAUUGUACAUUGCAUAUAUACACAAAACGUAUUGCACACUAUACUUAUAUACCGUAUACACUGGGCGAAGGGGAUAGGCAUAUUAGGAGGCAAGAGCAAAGAGUAACCAAAAGCAGGGGCAACCUGUAUUCGUGUCCCUCCUCUUCACUACCCAUUUCUGUAGGCGAAUGAAGUGGCAUGAAAAGAGGUAAACGAAUAUCCAAACACUGAAAAGAGAUCUGCUCGAUCUAGUAAAGUAAGUAAAAAGUCGUCUCGCUGUUAUAAUCGCAUCAUAAUCAAUCAUCGUAACUAAACGCGCUGUAAUGGAGCGAAUUGCAGGCAGUGUGUGUGUGUUUGCGUGUUUGUGUGGGAAUUGAAGGAUAAACUAGGGCGGGAAAACGGAAGACUAGCUUGGUGGAGAGGACAGACACACGUGAACGAUAUAUUAUUAUGGCAUUAAAUAGUUAAGUAUUCCUUAUUGGCAAUAGCGUUUAGCGAAGUGUAUGAAACUUACCACCUUCUAUCGAGUGAAAAACGAAACAACAAACGGUAACGAAGCGCAUGGCCGUGGUGUGAUCGUGGUGUGUGCGUGGUAGUGGACGUCAGUUGGGAAGUGUGAUCCUCGAAUCAUGAGUGUCUCACAAACCUCUGCAUGUUACACUCACUCAUUCACUCACACAGUCACUCACUGAUCUAUUCGACAUCCAACAUCCAAAUAAAAUGGUGCGCAUAUAUUUAAACUGUUGAACUGAAUCAACCCCUAA